UGCAUAUAGAUGGCGUUGACAAAAAUCAUUUUAAUCUCAAAGUAGCAAGUUAGUAAACAAUAGAGACGUUGUCUCUAAUAAGUAACAUGUUUAAGUGUGUUUGGAAAAGUAGACAUAUAUUAUAAUAACGUAUUUUAAAUAACGUAUUUUCUUUACUGAUAUCUAGUUGAUAAUGAGCCAUAUUGUGAUUGUGCGUGCCUUCAAGCCGGGCGACGAAAUGAGCUGCAAAAAAUUAAUCGGAGACGGCGUGAUGUCUUCGUUGAAUUACACAUUUCGUGGAAUGUUACUCAAGGAGAUAACUUUUCAGCUGAUAAUCUUGUUAUCUGCAAUAACAUUUAUUUUCUUUGGGAUGCCAUUAACUAUUUGUCUCUUCGUUAUACCUAUAAUUAUUGUACUUACAUAUGCAUGCACCUAUAUAAGUUUUGCUACAAAGCUAAUGGAAAUCAACGCUGAAGUAGCAAAUAUUCCAAGACUUUAUAUGUCAAAUGCUUUCUCCUGCUUUUGGGUUGCUGAGGCAUUUGAGCCUUACCUGACGACACAAGAUCCAAAAGAAAUUCAUUAUACUGUAAUGACAGAAGAACAGUUUUAUGAAGCCAAAAUGGAUGUUUCUCUACAAGCCAAAAAAAUAGUAGGGACUGUUGGUUUAUGCAAGAGUUAUAGAUUAGAUAGGAGUGCAUGGAUAAAAAGACUAUGCGUACAUGAGCAAUAUCAAAGAAAAGGUAUAGCGGCAUGCCUACUUAAUACUGCUGUACAAUUUGCAAUUGAUGCAGGAUACAGCUGUGCCAAUAUAGUAGCUUCUGAAUAUACUGAAGGAGGUAAAGAACUGUGCUUAAAAAAAGGAUUUGAAUUAAAGCAAAUGUAUCACAAGUCUAUUCUAGGGUCAUAUAUAACAAUAUUAAUGUAUGAAUUAACUUAUCAGAUUAAACCUAAUGAGGACGAUUACUUUCCUCAUUUUGAAAAAAAUCUGAAUGAGUUUUAAGAAUUAUAGAUUUUCGUAGAAUUUAUAAAUUUUAAUAGUAUGUUAGUCAAAACUUAAUAUAACAAAUUUCUUGAGAAAUUAAUGAGACUGAUUCAACCAAUCGAAUACUGUGUUCUUGUUAAGCAAAGUACCCAAACCAAAUAUUUUUACGUGAUAGGCUUAGUAUUAUCUACCUUUGUAUUAGCUAGCAAUGAUGGAAAAGAUAUUUUUUACGAAAUAAUCAUUAUUUCAUAUAUUGUUAAACACGUUAUAACAUUCUAUUAAUGAUACAUAGAUAAUGAAAAUAAAAUAUAUUUUUCUUAUA